AUGGUUCUACCAGUGUCGUCCGGUCUACAGCUGAAAGAUCAAUUUGUCAAUCUACUGGAAAUCUCAACGAAGGUCGUCAAUUCAGCCACGACGCAACUGGAGCGAGCCAACCGCAAGAAGCAAAAGGCUGACAAUGCACUGAUCGGUGUGAAUAUUACAGUGGAAGAUAUCGAAGUCGUCCAGUCACUCCAUGCUGAAGAGGAGACAGCAUGCAAAGCUUCAGUUGCUGAGCUUUUACAGGAGAUCAAACGUCUGCGAGCAGAGAACCAAAAGUUCGCUGAAAGCCAACAGCAACGUCUCGAGAACCAGCAGCGGCUCAUGCACAAACAGACUGAACUAGUCGAGAUUGUGCAGCGACUACAGUCUCGACAAGAUAUAAAUGGUCGUCUUCUGUGCACCGUGUAUGACCGACAGCGAUUCCCCGGCGAGCACGCACUUUUCAACCAGCAGACAGAAGGAACUUCAUGCUGA